AUGGCCGAGGCCAAGCGCGACGUCCGCAACGCCCUCCUCUUCGAGUGCGCCUGGGAGGUCGCGAACAAGGUCGGCGGCAUCUACACCGUCAUCAAGACCAAGGUCCCCGUCACCGUCUCCGAGUAUGGCGACCGCUACACCCUCAUCGGCCCUCUCUCCUACAAGACCGCCCCCAUGGAGGUCGAAGCCCAGGAGCCCACCGACCCCCAUCUCGCCGCGACCCUAGACAGUAUGCGCGCCGCCGGCGUCAAGAUCCUCUACGGCCGCUGGCUUAUCGAGGGUGCCCCCAACGUCCUCCUCUUCGACACCGGCAGCCAGUAUUCGCGUCUCGACGAGUGGAAGGGUGACCUCUGGAACCUCGCAGGCAUCCCCACACCGCCCAACGACCACGAGACGAACGAGACGAUCGUGUUUGGCUAUAUCGUCGCCUGGUUCCUCGGCGAGUACGUCGCUCGUCAGCUUGACAAGGCCGUCAUCGCCCACUUCCACGAGUGGCAGGCUGGUCUUGCCAUCCCCCUCUGUCGCAAGCGCCACAUCGAUGUCACGACCGUCUUCACCACCCACGCUACCCUUCUCGGGCGCUACCUCUGCGCAGGUUCCGUCGACUUCUACAACAACCUCCAGUACUUCGAUGUCGACCACGAAGCCGGCAAGCGCGGCAUCUACCACAGAUACUGCGUCGAGCGUUCUUCCGCACACUGCGCUGACGUCUUUACCACCGUCUCUCAUAUCACCGCCUACGAGAGCGAGCACUUGCUCAAGCGCAAGCCAGACGGUGUCCUUCCGAACGGUCUGAACGUGGUCAAGUUCCAGGCGAUGCACGAGUUCCAGAACCUGCAUUCAACCGCAAAAGAGAAGAUCAACGACUUCUGUCGUGGGCACUUCUACGGCCAUUACGAUUUCGAUCUUGACAACACGCUCUACAUGUUCACUGCCGGGCGUUAUGAGUACCGGAACAAGGGAGUGGACAUGUUCAUCGAGUCCCUUGCCCGUCUCAACUUCCGUCUCCAGAAGUCGGGGUCUAAGAUGACUGUCGUCGCCUUCAUCAUCAUGCCUGCAGCCACACACUCCUACACCGUCGAUGCGCUCAAGGGCCAAGCUGUCACAAAGCAGCUCCGCGAUACCGUCACGGAGAUCCAAAACCGUAUAGGAGCGCGCCUCUUCGACCAUGCCAUGCGCUCAAACGGCGAGCAUGCCACUUUGCCCACGGCGGAGGACCUACUCUCGGCAGAGGACAAGGUUUUGCUCAAGCGGCGAAUCUUUGCCCUCAAGCGGAACGCGCUCCCGCCCGUCACUACCCACAACAUGGCCGACGACUCGAGCGACCCGAUUCUGAACCAGAUCCGCCGCGUCAAGCUUUUCAACCACUCGAACGACCGUGUCAAGAUCGUAUUUCACCCUGAUUUCCUGAACAGCAACAAUCCGAUCCUCGGCAUGGACUACGAGGAGUUCGUUCGUGGCUGCCACCUGGGCGUCUUCCCUAGUUACUAUGAGCCGUGGGGCUACACACCUGCAGAGUGCACAGUCAUGGGUAUUCCGUCGGUCACAACGAACCUCUCAGGCUUCGGCUGCUUCAUGCAAGACCUCAUCGACCGCCCUCAGGACGAAGGGUGUUAUAUUGUCGACCGUCGGUCACAGUCGGCGGAAGAAUCGGUCAACCAGCUCACGGACUGCAUGUUCUCGUUCGUCUCCAAGACUCGUCGCCAGCGCAUCAACCAGCGCAACCGCGUCGAGCGUCUGAGUCCGCUCCUGGACUGGAAGAACCUAGGGAUCGAGUACUCGAAGGCACGCCAGCUUGCGCUCCGCCGCGCGUACCCCGACUCGUUCUACGGUGGUGAGGGUGAAGAGGACUUCGACCUCGGCAUGGAGCGCAUGACGCUGCCGAUCAGCGUACCUGCGAGCCCUCGGUACAAGAUGUCAGGUAUUGCCACGCCCGGGGACAUCGGCACUCUCACCGAAGAGAUGCAGGCGCUUGGCACCUCUGACUACCGCGGCUACCAGUGGCCGUCGCAGCAAGACGAGGACGAUGAGGGAUACCCAUUCCCGCUGGUCAUGAAGGUCCGCUCGCGCGCGAACUCGGCGGUCAUGUCCGGUGCAAGCACUCCUGGAGGCGGUCGUUCGAAGAGCUUGAGCGAGGGCGACCUCCGCAAGGCCGAUGCUGCGCUCAGCCACGUCACCGACAGUGUUGAGUCGCCCGUUAACGGUAUCAACGGCACCAACGGUCACUGA